AUGGAUUCCCUGGAAGACGGGAAUCACACUGCUGUGAUGGAGUGCAUCUUACUGGGCUUAACAGAUAGUCCAAUCCUUGGAGUCAUCCUCUUCAUGAUUAUCCUAUGCAUCUACCUGGUGACCAUAUCUGGCAAUCUCAGCACAAUCAUUCUUAUCAGAAUCUCUUCUCAGCUUCAUCAUCUUAUGUACAUUUUUCUGAGUCACUUGGCUUUUGUUGACAUGGGCUAUUCAUCUUCUGUCACACCCAACUUGCUUAUGACCUUCCUCAUGGAGAGAAAUAUAAUCUCUUACCUUAGAUGUGCCAUCCAGCUUAGUUCAGUGUUUUUCUUUGGCACAGUCGAAUGCUUCCUUCUGGCUACCAUGGCCUAUGAUCGCUUUGUGGCAAUUUGCAGCUCACUGCUUUAUUCAACCAAAAUGUCCACACAAGUCUGUGUUCAGCUACUCCUAGUGGCUUAUAUAGGUGGUUUUCUUAACUCUUCCUCCUCUACUUUUUCCUUCCUGUCUUUAUUCUUCUGUGGACCAAAUCAAGUCAAUCAUUUUUUCUGUGAUUUUACUCCUUUACUUGAACUCUCCUGUUCUGAUACCAGUAUCCCUGCAGUCAUUCCCUCAUUUUCUACUGGCUCCAUCAUUGUGGCCACUGUGUGUGUUAUAGCCCUCUCCUACAUCUACAUCCUCAUCACCAUCCUGAAGAUGCACGUCACUGAGGGGCGCCACAAGGCCUUCUCCACCUGCACCUCCCACCUCACUGCAGUCACUCUGUUCUAUGGGACCAUUACAUUCAUUUAUGUGAUGCCCAAGUCCAGCUACUCAACUGACCAGAACAAGGUGAUGUCUGUGUUCUACGUGGUGGUGAUUCCCAUGUUGAACCCCCUGAUCUACAGCCUCACGAGCAAGGAGAUUAUAGGGGCUCUGAAGAGAGAGCUUAAAAAUAUUUUCUAG